AUGGCGGCGGCACUGUCACAACUCGUAGACCAACACCGUCCGGAUCUGGACCCCCUCAAGGAGCUUUACAUACACUUCCACAAGAACCCAGAGCUCUCAAACCAGGAAGUGGAGACAGCAGCCACAGUCGUGGAUAGGCUCAAGGCCAUUGGCCCCGAUGACCUAGAAAUCAAGACCCAAAUCGGCGGGCACGGCCUGGCCGCCAUCCUCCGCAAUGGCGACGGUCCCAGCAUCCUCUUGCGAGCGGACCUUGACGCCCUGCCAGUCGAGGAACGCACGGGGCUGGACUAUGCCAGCACCAAGCGCAUGAUCCAUGCUGCCUCGGGGGUCGAGAAACCUGUGAUGCACGCCUGCGGGCAUGACAUGCACAUGGUGUGCCUGCUGGGCGCGGCGGCUAUACUCUUCUCAUGCAGGGACGCUUGGGCCGGAACUCUGGUGCUUCUGUUCCAACCAGCGGAGGAGCGAGGCACCGGAGCGCAGGACAUGGUCAACGACGGCCUGUAUACUCGCCACGGCGUUCCCGUGCCGGAUGUUGCCAUCGGGGGGCACGUCAGGCCGUUACGAGCCGGCGCGAUCGGCACGCGCAGGGGUCUUCUCUGCUCCAGCGCGGACAGUCUCAAGGUCACUAUCCACGGCAAGAGUUCCCAUGCGAGCAUGCCGCACACUUCCGUGGACCCAGUCGUCAUCUCAGCGACUACCAUACUCAAACUGCAGACUCUGGUCAGCCGGGAGACGGACCCGCGCGAGUCGAGCGUCGUCUCGGUGGCCACCAUCCAUGCUGGCGACGCGGAGAACAUCAUCGCCGACUCGGCCGUCUUGGGACUAGACACGCGCUCUACGACGGCCGCGACGAGAAAGCGGAUGCUGGAGCGUAUCGAGGCGAUCGUACGCUCCGAGUGCUCGUGCGCUGGCGUGCCCAAGGACCCAGAGUUCGAGCAGACGCGCGCAUUUCCCUUGACCGUCAACGACGAGGCAGUCACCAGCAAGGUUGAAGAGUCGUUUGCGGCGCAUUUUGGAGAGGGCCCUGGCCAAUAUGACAGGGAAGUGUCGCGACUGACCUUCAGUGAAGACUUCCCGAUUCUGGCAACAGCAGUCGGGCGACCGUACUGCUUCUUUACCUAUGGCUGUAUUGAUGAGGCGACGUGGGAUCUAGCUGAGAAGGAGGGCACUGUUUCUCAGAAGAUCCCUGCAAACCACUCAUCAUUCUUUGCUCCGGCCAUCAUGCCGACACUCAAGACUGGCAUGGACGGGUACGCACUCGGAGCUUUGACGUUCCUAAGAAAAGAUCAAGCAGCAAGUUCGUAA